UGCAUACCGAGUCCGUGUUACUGUCAGCGGCGAUUUUUUCACCUUUAUCCGCUCCCAGCUUCAUGACGAUCGUGAAUUAUAAUCAUAACAAUCGUGCCGAAUGGAAUUUAAAUAUCGUAAGAGAAGCUUGUGGCCAUCUUUCUCCUAUUUCGGACUGUUGUUUCGUCAUGAUACUGUAAUAGACGUUUCUCGUCAGCAACCAGUUCUUGGCCGGUACGAUGAAAUUUGUAUUAUUUGUAUUUUACCACCGAGUGAUACUGUAUCAUUCGUAUGGGUUCCACAAUCAGCUGACAAUGAGCAGCGCUUCGUCAAAUGUCGUCUGCCUGCGCGAUCUCAACCUGAACGCUUUUGUCGCCAUGGACGUCAUCGAAUCAUAUCCUUUCCGGGGACUAGCAUAUGGGCAACGCGAGAUUAAUUACGGGAACACAGUGAUGGUGCAGCGCGACACCGGGGAAUGGUGGCUGGGUUACUUGCAGAAUAUCGAUGAGGACCUCAUGUUUAUUAAUUUCGAUUCCUCAACAGCUCCCGCCAGCUGGAUCCAUUCGCGCCAUGUCCGGGCUCAACGCUUUUUAAGCGAUGAGCUGUGGUGCACAACGGAUAAGCAAGUGGCUGUCAUCGGCAGUCAUGCCGUGCAGGUGGCGCUGCGUAACACCAAUAAUGGACCACAUGCCUUCCGGUCGGGACGACUGCUUACAUCGGCGGCUGGGUUCGGUAUAUUCCUUGUCCAAUUGGACCAGGGGACUAUGCCGCAGCGUUUGGUGGUCCAUUUGUGGCAGGUGGUCGUUGCAGUUGAUCCCGCUUUCGAUGCGCCGCCUCUUUUCAACCAAACCACUGGAUUGUACUAUCCGCAAAUUCACCGUGCCCUUCGUGAAUGCUGGCAGGAUUACAAGGCUGAACAUGACAGCAAUACGUGAAUGCCUCGAUAAAGCCGCACAAACCACCGAAAACUUACCGGGGGGCAGCUACGAGUGCUAUCCCGGUAACCACCAUGUUGCAUUUCGAAUACACGUAGCUGUCCGUGGAGAUUUUUUCGACUUUAUUUGCGCUCAGCUCCAAGACCGGAGCGUGCACACUCGUGCCGAAUGGAAUAUAGAUACAUUAACAGAAGCCUGUGCGAGCCUUUAUCCGAUUCCGGACCCGCCACUGUUACACGAUGUUGUGAUCGACGUCCCUCAUCGGAGCUUGCCUUUCGAUGACGGAUGGAUCGGUGUCGUGGUGCAUUCGGUUAUGGCCAGUGUUCUCUUUAGUUUGGACCUACAUACUCAAGCCAAGGCCAGAAGGGUCUGCACUUUGUGGCACCAGCUUUUGUCCGAACGUCGCGCCAGCCGACACGUUGCCCUUGAUAGCUCGUUACUGAAGCCGAACGAAUUAUUCAGCGAGAACUACUAUACGCCUGACUGCCACAAAAUAUACAACUUCAGCUGGGCCUUAGACAAAGCCAUAACCGUUGAAACCAAAACCCUUUCCCUGUUUGACAACCUCCAGUUCACGAACGUGACCAUAAUUACCAAAGUACUGGUAGCGCUACUAACCGCCGAAGGCAUUCAGCUGGACUAUAUCCUAAUCAAAGAUGGCUUCUCACAUGCUGGUAUUACGAACUCCUUUGAGCACGUUUUCGACAUAUGGAUACCGGAUCCGGGUGUCCAUCCUGCAGAUCGUGAUUGGAAGUGCCUCAGUCUAACCAAACUCGGCGCCGUAUGUCGGCACCUGGUUCUAUGGAAUUAUAAGGUGCAGGAUAUUGCCAAUAAUAUGGAUUAUGUGUAUCGGUACGACGUCGGCGAGUUACCACCACAGACACUUGGCGCAAGGUGCCGGGAAGAAAGAGUCCGACAAGCCCCAGUCACAAUCCCGUAUUUUAAUGCUACAUUCCGACGAUGGUAAUGCCGGUAUGCUACGGAAGUUUCUAUUAGCUGCGGAGACGAACCUUCCUCCUGUUGAUGCAACAGCAAACAACCGCGUAUGCUCCGUCCAUCGGCGGUGGGUGGAAGUUCUGGAAUAUCCGAAUCACUGGCACUGUGUUCGGCGCCUCUUUCAGCUGUACGUUUUUUUGUUGUCUGUAUAAGCAUGGGAUGCCGUUGUGAUUUUGCAGGUACUGUGGUUUUCGGCCCGAUGGUAGUGAACGAAGUUGGAAGGAUGUUGAUCUGAGAUACGUGGAUGUGUCCACUCUUACUAAGCUUACAUUUGCCGCAGUUAAUGCUUGUUUCACCGGGCUGUGAUGACCGCAAAAUGCUUUGGCACCUUUUGGUUGUUAUUAGUUUGGCACAUUUCUGAUUUGGUACAAGCGAGCACAGAUUGGAUCAUAUCAUUCGAAUACAGGCAGGUAUGCUUCUCUUGCUACGCAAGAUACGAAGG